UGUAUCUCCAUCCAUGUUGGACAGGCAGGGGUUCAGAUUGGCAAUGCCUGCUGGGAAUUGUAUUGUCUCGAGCAUGGAAUUCAGCCUGAUGGUCAGAUGCCAAGUGAUAAAACCAUCGGCGGUGGGGAUGAUUCCUUUAACACGUUCUUCAGUGAGACCGGGGCGGGCAAGCAUGUGCCCAGAGCUGUGUUUGUGGACCUGGAGCCAACUGUAGUUGAUGAAGUCCGUACGGGCACGUACAGGCAGCUUUUUCAUCCUGAGCAGCUGAUAACUGGAAAGGAAGAUGCGGCCAACAAUUAUGCCCGAGGCCAUUAUACCAUUGGCAAGGAGAUUGUUGAUCUGGUCCUCGAUCGGAUUCGCAAACUGGCGGAUCUGUGCACUGGACUGCAGGGGUUCCUCAUCUUCCAUAGCUUUGGGGGAGGUACCGGCUCUGGCUUCGCCUCUCUGCUUAUGGAGAGGCUCUCCGUUGACUAUGGCAAGAAGUCCAAGCUUGAAUUUGCCAUUUACCCAGCCCCCCAGGUUUCCACAGCAGUCGUGGAGCCCUACAACUCCAUCCUCACCACUCACACGACCCUGGAACACUCCGACUGUGCCUUCAUGGUCGACAACGAAGCCAUAUAUGACAUAUGUCGGCGUAACCUCGAUAUUGAACGGCCUACGUACACCAACCUGAAUCGUCUGAUCGGGCAGAUUGUCUCCUCUAUCACGGCUUCCUUGCGCUUCGAUGGGGCGCUGAAUGUCGACCUGACAGAGUUCCAGACCAACCUGGUGCCCUAUCCGCGUAUCCACUUCCCCCUGGCUACCUACGCUCCUGUCAUAUCCGCUGAGAAGGCGUAUCAUGAGCAGCUGUCUGUGGCAGAGAUCACCAAUGCCUGCUUCGAGCCUGCCAACCAGAUGGUCAAAUGUGACCCCCGUCAUGGCAAGUACAUGGCCUGCUGUAUGUUGUACCGAGGGGACGUGGUCCCCAAAGACGUGAACGCUGCGAUCGCCACCAUCAAGACAAAGCGUACAAUUCAGUUUGUGGAUUGGUGCCCCACUGGAUUCAAGGUGGGCAUCAACUACCAGCCUCCCACCGUAGUGCCUGGCGGUGACCUGGCCAAGGUGCAGCGGGCCGUGUGCAUGCUGAGUAACACCACGGCGAUCGCAGAAGCGUGGGCACGGCUGGACCACAAGUUUGACCUGAUGUAUGCCAAGCGAGCCUUUGUCCACUGGUACGUGGGGGAGGGCAUGGAGGAAGGAGAAUUCUCGGAGGCCCGGGAGGAUCUGGCAGCUCUGGAGAAAGAUUAUGAGGAGGUGGGCGUCGACUCAGUGGAGGCAGAGGCUGAGGAAGGGGAAGAGUACUAG